AUGCGGCUUUAUGAGAUUCAAAGUAACGUUGCUCAUCCUAUCCGCGAGGCCCACCGUCUCAACGUCAUACCUCCAUACUACUUUCUCGAUCUCCCAAAAUCAAGAAUAAGGCUCAUAUUCUGCGACAAGCCCGCCAAGCGAGAUGCAUACGCUAACAUCGUGCAAAUGGUGGACGACUUCUGCUUCGCGACGCUCCGAAUCAAGAAGGCUAGAAAGUAUGCGUUCACAGCGGUGAUUCUCUCUCACAGUGAGAUAUCUCACGUAUCUGAGACACCGAUGGAGCCUCCGCACAUGCUAGUCAAGCUCACGUUGCCCUCAUCAAGCGGCAUCGCAACAGCGAUUCCUGCACAUGUGUACCUCAGUGGGUCCAUACCAGAAGCAAGGAUCGACACCACCUCCAUCUUCUGGAAAGAUGCUGAGGAGAUCGCGGAGCACGAGAUUAGCGCGAUGCGUGAAGUGAUCAUGCUUCCCCCUGGCAUAUUGGCAUCGUGCGCUCACGGCGGUCUUCUCCCAACAGAUGCAGUCCAUGUCCUUUAA